UAAAACGCAAAGAUGGCGCGGCGAUUAUUAGCGUUGGCCGUAAGCGCCACGGCUUUACAAGCCCCGCACGCCAAGGCCCCGACCGCGCCUCUCCAAGCCACGGCGACGGCCCCGGCGAAGACGGGCCCGACCUGGGACGACCACGUCGCCAUCCCGGAAGCUCCCGACACGAUGGUCAAGGGCGUCGAGGGCAACGACUCCAUGCGGCGGAAGUUCGAGCAGAUGCUGCGCGAGGCGCAGAACAAGAUCUGCUCGGCGGUAGAAGAGCUCGAUGGCGAGGGCACGUUCCGCCAGGACGUCUGGGAGCGCGAGAACGGCGGCGGCGGCAUUUCUAGGGUCAUGGCCGGCGGCAAGGUGUGGGAAAAGGCGGGCUGCUCCCUUAGUGUUGUGUACGGCUCCAUGCCCCAGGAGGCGCUCGCGUCGGCGACGGAGCGAGGAGUAGAUAGGGCCAAGGGCAUGGAGCCGGGCGAGCGCGUGCCGUUCUUCGCCUGUGGACUGUCGAGUGUUAUGCACCCGCGGAACCCGAUGGCGCCGACGAUGCACUUCAACUAUAGAUAUUUUGAGACGGACGGCGGCGUCUGGUGGUUCGGCGGCGGCACGGACAUUACCCCUGCUUACUUGUUCGAGGAGGACAUGGCGCACUUCCACGGGACCUAUAAAGAUAUCUGCGACAAGCACGACCCGGAGUACUACGCCAAGUUCAAGAAGUGGGCCGACGACUACUUUCUGAUUAAGCACCGGGGCGAGACGCGCGGUCUCGGUGGCAUUUUCUUCGACGACCAAAAUAACAAGAGCCCGGACGAGCACUACGCGUUUUCGAAGGAGUGCGUGAACGCCGUGACCGAUGCGUAUCUGCCUAUUGUUGCUAAACGCAAGGACGCGCCCUUCACGGAGCAAGAAAAGGAGUGGCAGCUGAUGCGGCGGGGCCGCUACGUCGAGUUCAAUCUGGUCUAUGACCGAGGGACCGUGUUCGGUCUCAAGACCGGUGGUCGUAUUGAGUCCAUUCUGAUGUCGUUACCCGAAACAGCCAGGUGGGAGUACGACCACACGCCGGCCGAAGGGUCGCGCGAGGCGGAGAUCUUGAAAUGCUUCAAGACGCCGCGGGAGUGGGUGUAGACAUUGAUUGAGAGGGGUUAUCUUCUAAGCAUCUUACGUCGUA